AUGACCGCGAGUGAAAGCCUGGGAUACGGCCUGAUGGGCUUCGGACCGGCGCUGGCCAUGUUCGCGUUGACCAUCGCGCGACACCCGAGCCGAGUCGUGGUGCUGCUCCUGUCCUCCUUCAGCUGGAUACUGUCGCUGCUGCUGUCCUCGCUCGCCUGGUUCGUGCUCUCGCCGCUCGGCUCAUCCCUGGACGUGGUCGUGGCCAUCGCCGUGCUCUUCCAGGAGGGCUCCCGACUCGCCACGCUACAGGCGCUGCGCAAGGCAGACCACUCGCUCAAGUUGGCUGCGCUCGCCGGAGAUGCGCAACUGGCUCGGAGCAGGGCUGCGCUGGCGUACGCUUCGGGCCUCGGCUUCGGCGUCGCCAGUGGAGCCUGCUCACUGCUCAACCCGCUGGCGGACAUUGCCGAUGCGGGAGUUCCUCCCGGUGUCGCGGGUACCGCCAAGAGGUACGUCUCAUGA